AUGAAAUUCAAUUUCGAUAAGUCCGGCUGGAACUCGGCCUCUCGGUUACUUCUGCCAUACCUCUUUGUCUUCCUUACCCUCUCCUUGUUAUCUGUUGUUCAAAUGUGUCUUCCUUUAAUCAACUGUGAGUUUGGCCCUAUUGAUGUGCCCCGCUACCUUCUCAAUGCCAGCGGAACCAAUUCCAGCCUGACUGAAUUUAGUAACCUUAUCUCUGACAUCUACUAUCAGCAUCUUGACCAAUACCUUGAGGAUAACUCGAGGUUCAUCUUCUUGGUCCCCAGUCUCAAGGUGUCAUAUAGCUCUGCUACCCUUGUCUAUGAGCAUGGUGUGUCUCAGAACGCCAACACUUUGAAGAGCAUUGGAGGCAAUACAUUCACCACUACAAGAGGAGUGUUGUCUGAUAUUUCAAACCCCUUGAUUGAAUUCAAGCGUGGUCAGCCUUUCAAUGCAAACAUCACUUGGCUUAUUGAGAACGGAAUCGAUGUAUUCAACUACGAAAAGCCCCCAUUAGCCUUAAUAACCAAGUUGAUUGUUCAUAAAGGCUUGCGGUUCGGAUACCUCUUGUCAUCUUGCCUAGCUCUUGCAGCUCUCUUGACCCAUAUCUACAUGGGGAUACCAGCAACGAAGUAUGCAUUGAGUGGCUUUCUCUCUUCUACAGCAGUUCUUCUCUGUGCUUUGAUCGUCUCUGAAUGCGUUAUUCAUGCUACAGCAAAGCUGGCGCUUCUUCCAUACAUUGUUAUUCAUUUUGUUCAUGUCUUCUACAUUGUCGGUGUGAUCGCCCUGUUAUAUUGGGAUGAAGAUGUUGCAGAGAAGGCACCUGGUGGAACCACUGAGACUGAAGGCGCCGGUCAGAGAAGCGCAUCUAGUUCUGAGAUCUCUGGUAUCGAAAUCAAGAGAGACUCGCCCCGUGCCGUUGGUAAUGAAUCUAUAAGCUCCUCCAAGCAGGUUCCAGAAAUCAAGAUGAUCAACUCUUCCUCCUCAGAGGAAAAAAACAUGGAAGAACAUCCUCUUGUUCCAAGAGCAAGGAGAUUCGCCAUCUCUGUCGACCAAAGCCAGGGCCAAGGCUCGAUUCACUCAAUGUUCGAAAACAAGAAGCUGCUGUCAGAAAACUCCGCCGUCCUUGUUAAUAUUGAUGAAGAGGAUGCUUCGCUGCUGAAGUACAGUGCCACGGCGGACGAGGUCCUGUUGCAUGACAACCUGCCAUUGCUCAAAUAUAAGUCCUUGACUCAUCUGAAGAGCCCACAAAAAGAGCCUGCUAAAAGCCCCAGUAUCUCUCCGAAGCAACCCAACAGCGGAACUGAUGAGCUGAGUUUCAAUUUUGGUCCUAAACCAUCGCCUCGUGGGAGCCAGAGGUCGAAGGUUUAUGUAAACAACUCGAGUGGCGAACUGUCCAACCAUGAAGAAAGAGUGAAGAAUUCCAAUCCAAAAAGCAUUCCUACCGAGAUGAGCAGCUUCGAAAUGAGCGACACGCCCAAGAGAUCUCGUUCUUUGUUUAAAGAGUCUAUGGAAGAAGAAUCUUGA